AUGUUGCGUGGGUCUCGCUUGGUCAGGCCUUUUCAGUUCCAAGGGACAAGUUCAGAUUGGCUGCCAUCUUCUUUCACGAAGGGCCCUGCAAUUUCUGCUGCCACUAACACCAUCCUCUUCUUGGGUCUCUUCAUAAUUUCUGCUGCCAUUUCGUUUUCUUAUUGGAUCCAAAUUUCCAAUUUUCAGAUUGGUAAUUCUGCAAACGAAACCAUAUUAAUCUCCAACAAGUAUCAGGAACCCUUUAAGGUGAUUGAAUUCCCACUCAACUGUUCUAUUGGCAGCAAUAUUAACCAGACACAAACCUGCCCAACAAGUUACCCUACAACCUUUGGCAACCUUGAUGAUCUUGAGCCAUCAUCAAGCCCAGUAUGCCCGGAUUAUUUUCGGUUCAUCCACCAGGACCUAAUGCCAUGGAAAGCCACAGGGAUCACAAGGGACAUGGUGGAGAGAGCAAAGGAAACGGCACAUUUUAGGCUAGUGAUUGUGAAGGGCAAGGCCUAUGUUGAAAAGUAUAAGAAGUCCAUACAGACAAGGGAUGUGUUUACUAUAUGGGGCAUUCUGCAGCUUCUUAGGAGGUACCCUGGCAGACUGCCUGACUUGGAGCUCAUGUUUGACUGUGAUGACAAGCCGGUCAUCCGAUCAAGGGACUUCCGGGGACCGAACUCGACUCAGGUGCCGCCACUGUUCCGGUAUUGUGGUGACAGAUGGACUAAGGACAUUGUGUUCCCUGAUUGGUCCUUUUGGGGUUGGGCUGAGAUUAACAUAAAACCAUGGGAAAGUUUGUUGAAAGAUCUCAAGAAAGGCAAUGACAGGAGAAAAUGGAUGGAAAGAGAACCUUAUGCAUACUGGAAAGGAAACCCUUUUGUUGCUGAAAGCAGGAAAGACCUCCUCAAAUGCAAUGUCUCAGACUCACAGGAUUGGAAUGCUCGCCUAUUCAUCCAGGAUUGGAUCCUUGAGUCUCAGCAAGGCUUCAAGCAAUCAGAUGUAGCAAGCCAAUGCACACACAGGUACAAGAUCUAUAUUGAGGGAUAUGCAUGGUCUGUCAGUGAGAAAUACAUUCUAGCCUGUGAUUCAGUAACACUAAUUGUAAAACCACAAUACUAUGAUUUCUUCACAAGAAGUCUGCAACCAGUGCACCAUUAUUGGCCUAUAAGGCACGACGACAAAUGUAAAUCCAUUAAGUUUGCUGUAGAUUGGGGCAACAACCACAAACAAAAGGCACAAGCAAUUGGAAAAGCAGCAAGCGACUUCAUUCAGCAAGAGCUAAAGAUGGACUUUGUGUAUGACUACAUGUUCCAUCUGUUAAACGAAUACGCAAAACUCUUAAGAUUUGAGCCAAAAAUACCCGAAGGCGCAACGCAUUUGUGCUCGGAGAGUAUGGCUUGCCCCGCGUCUGAGUCUGAGAAGAAGUUCAUGACAGAGUCCUUGGUUAAGAGUCCAUCAGUGACAAGCCCCUGCACCGUACCUCCUGCCUAUAAACCCCAAGUACUUGGAAACUUGUAUAGGAGGAAUAUCAAUUUAAAUAAACAAGUGCAGAAGUGGGAAGAUAAGUACUGGGAAAAUCUCUCUAAGCAGGAUUAG